AUGCAGCAGGCGGGGGGGGAGAUGGGCACCGGCGACAAGGAAAAUCAUUCUUCCGAGCCACACAGAAGCGUGUUGAAAACCCCUCUGAAACAAGCAGCUACCUCACGUUCCGCGUUGACAGAGAUCCAGCCUGACUGUCAGCCGCUAACCACACCCCCAAAACCUAAAGAAAUCCUUCCAGCAGAUCCAUGGACGCCUACUUCGAACCUGAAAAUGCUGAUUAGCGCGGCUAGUCCUGAGAUCAGGAGCAGAGAACAGAGAAGGGAACUGUCAGACAACUCAAGGGAGGUCCUACAGGCGAAACACUGUUUGCAGGAGCACUUAUCGGGAGAUGAAUAUGAAAAAUCUCAACCAAGUCGCAAAGAGAAAAGUCUAGGAUUACUGUGUCAUAAAUUCUUAGCUCGAUAUCCUGAUUACCCCAGCACUGCAGAGAAUAAUUACAUUUGCCUUGAUGAAGUAGCUGAAGAGCUUAAUGUUGAACGUAGGCGCAUAUACGACAUUGUGAACGUCCUAGAGAGCCUACACAUGGUGAGCCGCCUUGCCAAAAACAGAUAUGCUUGGCACGGGCGACAUAAUCUCUCCAAAACCCUGCAGGCUUUGAAAAAAGUUGGAGAAGAGAACAAAUAUACACAACAAAUUCAGAUGAUCAAGAAAAGAGAGUAUGAGCAUGAAUUUGAUCUCGAUGGUGAAAGCAAUGAAGAAAUGGCAAGAUCUUUUGGCUCAAAUGAGCAUUCAGAAAUGUCUUUUGUUGAGCUCCCAGGAAUGGAAUUUCGUGCUGCAUCAGUAAAUAGCAGGAAAGACAAGUCUUUACGAGUGAUGAGUCAGAAAUUUGUGAUGCUGUUUCUUGUAUCGACUCCUCAAAUAGUAAGCCUUGAAGUUGCUGCUAAAAUCUUGAUUGGAGAAGACCAGUUGGAAGACUUAGAUAAAAGCAAGUUUAAAACCAAAAUUAGGAGACUUUAUGACAUAGCAAAUGUUCUCAGUAGCCUUGAGCUUAUCAAGAAAGUUCAUGUUACAGAGGAGAGAGGUAGAAAACCAGCAUUCAAAUGGACAGGACCUGACGUCUUGCCAAGUGUUCAGGAUACAAAACUUGAAACAACUUCUACGAGCUGUCCCCCACCUAUUUUGGAAUCCAUCCCUUCCAAAGAGCAGUGUUCAAAAAACCUUUUUCCUUCAAGAGGAAAGCAAAACUUCACUCGGCAUCCUUCUCUAAUAAAGUUAGUUAAAACUAUAGAAAACGACAGAAGAAAGAUCCAAUCUGCUCCAACCAGUCCAGUUAAAAUGAGUGCAAGUACUGAUCAAAAUUUAUCAGCUCUCCCAAGUAAAAUGGCUCAGGUUCCAGCAAUUGCUAAACAUCAGCUGGAAGGACAAUCAAAGAAAGCAAAAGAGUUGAAAUUGUCAAGAUCUGCUUUGGAAUCUAAUCAGUCAUCGCCUGAGGUAGUCCCCAAGCCCGAACCUCCUUGCGUCGCAGCACCCUCCCAGCAGCCAGCUCUUGCACAGCCACCGGCUGUCUGUCCUCCAAGCCACAGUUCAGUCUCACCAGUAAUACUACCUCAUACUCCUGCUGGUGUUUCGUAUGCAAUAUAUCUGCAUCCAUCCCAAGCCCACACUGUGACAACAUAUAGCCCAAGUUUCAUGUUGCAGCCUCUACCAUGUGCUAAUGUAACUGGAAUUAAGAGUAUUAAUUCAAAAGUAUUAAAUAAAACAACCACUGAGGAAGGGGACAAUCCGGUGACUACAGAUGAUCCAACAAAAUCCUUGACAGCUAAAGAAGGACCGCCUAUAAAAUCAGAAACUUCAUCACACAGGUGCCUUAAAAGAUCACAAGCAUUACAAGAGAAUAAUUUGAUUAAAAAGUGUAGAAGUGAUGAGGAAAGCCUUGAUACUUCUUUGGGAGGAUCCCCGAAAAAUGAAAGACCACCUUCCAGUAGCUCACAAAUGAAUCACGAAACGGACAAUUUCCAGGAAGAGAGACAGAACAAAACUGAAACAUUAGAUCAAAACAUGGCAAGUUGCUAUGACCAAAGUAAAAGAGACCAUGUUCCAGAAGAUGAGGACAAAAUCAAAACUAAACAAGACAUACCUGUAGCAUUUGCCAUUCCUGCUCACGAGACUUUUUUUCCAUCUGGUUAUCUUAUUCCUCUUACUCAGUGCACCCAUGGCAACAAAGCAGGGUUUUCUAAUAAAGAGAAAGCUGGGAUAUGUUCAUUACAGCACACUACCUACAGCUCACCUGUUGCUGGUGUUAUUCCAGUGACAGCAUCUGAACUGAAAGCAGUUAACAUUCCUGCUUUUCAAAUAACACCCUUGAAUAUAAUGCUGUCACCAACUUCUAUAGCCGCUGCACCUGUACUGAGCAACUCCUGUCUCAAUUCAAGCAAUACUAGUUCUGCCCAAAAUCCAAGUUCUUCAGUUCUGAACUUUACACUGCAACACAUAGGACUAAUACCUGCUGGUGUGCAAGUUCCUGCAAAUCCUGUUCUUCAGCACAUGCCAGUCUCUUUACAACCAGAAAAUGUUAGCUAUAGCUCAGAAAACAUGAACUUGCAAGAAGAGAAGCCUUCUGUUCCAAAGGAACUCCAGGAGCCCCAGACAGUUACAGAAAACUUUUUCCGCACACCAGGAGGGCCUAACACAGUAUCUUCGCUAUCUGCAAAUUCAGAUGGUACCGACAGAAUCUCUCAAGGAACUCUGUAUAUUCCUCAACGCAAACUUGAAGUGUCAGAAGACUAA